CGCGCGUCAACGCUGGACUCGUAUGCGAUCGUAACUCUUUACGUUAUAGUAGAACUUACGAACCUAAAUGUGUAUAGAUUGGGUGUUGUGGUUUCUAAAUAAACUUGUACUCAUGAGUGGGUUUUGAACCUGAUUUUCUGGACAUUGAAUCCUGAUUAACAGGUUCAGAAAACAGAGGAGUAGGUCCAGAAGAUACCAAGUUAGAAUCAUGAUGGUCUGAAGUACUGAAGUCUGCACAAACACAGAUGACCAACUCUACAAUGAAUGAUACAGACGUGGUGCAGGUCAUAAUUGACCAGAAGAGGCUAGAAUGCGAGGAGAUCUUGAACAUGACAAUAAGAGCCACAGUGGCGGAGCCCUACUGCCCCGGAGUGUUUGAUGGAUGGUCGUGUUGGCCGGACACCGCCGCUGGUCACACCGCUUACACUGACUGUCCAGAGUUUAUCACGGGGUUCGACCCAACUAGAAAAGCCCACAAGGUGUGCACGGGCAACGGCACGUGGUUCAAGCACCCAGACUCGCAAAAAGAAUGGUCUAACUACACGACGUGUGUCAACGUAGACGAUUUGCAUUGGCGACAGCAGAUCAACUCUAUAUACGAGACAGGCUACCUCAUCUCCCUCGUUGCCCUUCUACUGUCAUUGGGGAUACUUUCAUACUUCAAAUCACUAAGGUGUCCCAGAAUAACCCUUCACAUGAACCUGUUCACGUCUUUCGCAGCAAACAACGCACUGUGGGUUAUGUGGUACAGACUCAUUGUGCCAUACCCUGACACCAUCAUGCAGAAUGGGGUAGGUUGUCAGAUCCUCCACGUGGUGCUCCACUACUUCCUACUGACCAACUACUCGUGGAUGCUUGCUGAGGGGUUCUACCUUCAUACUCUCCUCGUCUCUGCCUUCAUCAGUGAGGAGAGACUAGUCAAGUACCUGACAGUUCUGGCGUGGACGCUGCCUGCGCUCUUCAUCCUUGUUUACACAGUGCUGCGGCUCGUCUUCGCUGAUACUCACCAAUGCUGGAUCAACGAGAGCCCAUACACCAACGUGUUGAUUGUCCUAGUCUGCUUCUCCAUGGCGCUCAACCUCGUGUUCCUAUGUAACAUAGUGCGUGUUCUGCUCAUCAAGCUGCGCGCAGGGCCAAGCCACCUGGCGGCUUCUAACAGACCGUCGCGCACACUACUGCAGGCCUUCCGCGCAACGCUGCUCCUCUUGCCGCUGCUGGGGCUUCACUACUUGCUCACACCUUUCCGCCCUCCACGUGACCAUCCUUGGGAGAGGUUCUAUGAGGUCACCUCCGCCAUUACAGCUUCCUUCCAGGGCUUGUGUGUGGCUACACUAUUCUGUUUUUGUAAUGGCGAGGUUAUUGCCCAGGUUAAGAGGAGAUGGCAGUAUUCAAGCUUCCGACCUCGCUCAAACUCCUACACUGCUACGACGGUCUCGAAAAAAACAACAUUUGGAUGAGGGUUUCAUACCAACAGCCUAUAAAAAGUUUGUGAGAUCAACUGCAGGGCCAGCUACGGGAGAGGAUAAUGUUUGAGUUGGAGUAACGGCCAUCCUUGGACUUCUAUGUCAACGAUCGCUCAAGCAGCUUCGGCAAUCUGAGCACACCAGUUCACCCAAAGGGCUUGCAUCUAAGCUGUCAAGGCAGGAUAUCUGUACUGAGUGCAAUACUUGUAAAAUCGUGGUUCUAAGUUAUCGUUUUGUUCUUGUCAUUACGCUAUAGUCCUCUUUGGAGAAAAUGAUGAGGUUGAAAAAAUCAAAUCAGUAGACUCUUUUUAGUCCAGCCUUCCUUCAUAAAUUCCUGAACCCAUGGAGCAUAAGGAACACUUUUUCCAGCUUCAAAAAAAUGCCGUUCGCCCCCUCAACUAGAAUUAGAUUGUUCCUUCUAUGGAAGUAAUGUAAACUAAUUGUAAGCAUCAUUUAUAUUAGACGUAAAAGAAAUGUUCAAAUUGUGACAUCAGUAGAACCACUAAGUCUUUUAUAUUUAUUUAGACAAUUUGAAUCUGUGUUUUUUUUUUUAAGUAUACUUAAUUAGUGUAAGUACAAAAUACUGCUGCAUCAGCUGGCCAGUUUUCAGUCCGGUCAAGAGCCCAUUCGCUAGCCAGACUAAAAAGAGUCUACCUAACUUUGUUACAUUUAGUUUGAACUUUUUUAACUAUUUUCAAAUUUGUAUUAACAUCUUGGUUAACAUAUGCCAUUUUAUGAAUGUAAAUUCAGUCCCACUAUUACAUCAACCACUAUGCCAUCACCGCCUAUAUCUUUAGUUAUAGUGUAACGGAUAGUUUUCAUGCUUGGGGUUUUAGAUCAAAGGCGGUCUAUUUUAGAGUACCGUACAGGUUCAAUAAUUAUGGGAGACUGUACUAAUUACCAUGGAAUUUCUUCAUAGCUUUUUGUUUUGUUUCCACAAUUUUGGUAGAUUAGCUCUGCAAGUGUCAUAGUGUUUACUCUUUAAUAUUGAAUUAUCUUGUACUUUUACUUACACAACAUUAUAACAAA